UGCAGACGGAGUAGUUCAGCAAAGGUCAUGAUGGUCUGUAAACGCAUCAUUUCCCUCAUCUAGUGCAGGAGAUUAAGCUAAAAGUCUAUUAAGAUGUUGAGUAAAAGAUUACUGACCACUAGACGUGGUUCAGUGCUUAUUGGUAAUGCUGUAAGACGAUGUAAGCAAGGAGAAGCCGUGACGUCGUGUGAUCUACAGAAAAGGGCCCUGAACACCCAGUCGUAUGACAUUGCUAUUGUUGGUGGUGGUAUUAUUGGACUGGCAACGGCAAGGCGGCUGAUAAUGAACUAUCCAAACCUCAAAUUUUGUGUACUUGAAAAGGAAAAAGAACUAUCAACACAUCAGACAGGGCAUAACAGUGGUGUAGUACAUUGUGGUAUAUAUUACAAACCAGGUUCUCUAAAGGCCAAGCUUUGUGUUGAAGGAUUAGACUUAACUUACAAAUACUGUGAUGAAAAUAACAUACCGUACAAAAAGUGUGGCAAGUUGAUAGUUGCUGUAGAGAACAAGGAGAUCCCAUUGUUGAAUAAUCUAUUUGAUAGAGGAAAAAUGAAUGGAGUGAGAGAUUUGACCAUGGUUGAUAGAAAGGGCAUCAAAGAAAUUGAACCAAAUUGUGAGGGUUUGUUUGCAAUAGUAUCUCCUAACACUGGUAUCUUAGACUGGGCACAAGUCAGCAAUUCCUUUGGGGAGAAUUUUAAAARUGCUGGAGGAGACAUCUACACAAAUUAUAAUGUCACUGAUUUUACUUGCACAACUGAAAGUGACAAACAACAAGAAAAAGAAGAAGGACUGGCUUAUCCUGUUACCAUACAUGGUAAAGGGGUGCCAUUAAUCAAUUGUAAAUAUGUCAUAACUUGUGGUGGUUUGUACUCUGAUCGUCUGGCAGAGAAGUCUGGUUGUAGUAAAGUGCCAAGAAUUGUUCCAUUUAGAGGAGACUAUCUUGUACUCAAGCCAGAAAAAUGUGACUUGGUUAAAGGCAACAUUUAUCCUGUACCAGAUCCCAACUUUCCCUUUCUUGGUGUUCAUUUUACUCCUCGUAUUGAUGGAAGUGUCUGGUUAGGACCAAACGCCGUUCUUGCCUUUGCACGUGAAGGUUAUAAAUUAUGGGAUGUGAACUUAAAGGAUCUUGGAGAUGCCUUUGCAUUUAGAGGAUUACGCAAGUUAAUGUUUAAAUAUUUUUCAUUUGGUGUUGGAGAGUACUAUCGUGGGAUUUACACUGCUGCUCAAGUCAAACAGCUACAGAAAUAUGUUCCAAGCUUAACUGUUGAGGAUGUUACAAGGGGUCCUUCUGGUGUUCGUGCACAGGCUCUUGACAUUGAAGGGAACUUGGUGGAUGAUUUUGUGUUUGACGGUGGUGUUGGAGAAAUUGGUAGCCGUGUUUUACAUGUCCGUAAUGCUCCUUCUCCUGCUGCAACUUCUUCUCUGGCAAUUGCUAAAAUGGUUGCCGRCAAAGCUAAAGAAAGAUUUGAUUUGUAGUGAAUUGUCACAGCAUUCUACAUUGUCAGUGCAACGCAUGAACCUGAACUCAAUACCACAAUAUAAUUAUGAAUAUUAUAGUUCUUAAUUUUGUUUUACRUUUAGUAGUUUUUAAGAAAACUUGAAUACAAAUAAAAUACACGGUCAUAUCAAA